AUGUCCCACCUGGCUCCUUAUGCUGAGAGCGAAGAGCUCAAAGCCCUCAUACUUGAUCCCACCAAAGUACCGCGCAAAGACUAUCUGGUAAUCGACGUACGCGAUACUGAUUUCGAGGGCGGAAAUAUCCCUCACGCUGUCAAUGUGCCUGCGGGACAAUUGCUCGAUCGUGUUCACGAGAUCAUUGACGAGUAUGGACAAGUGCCUUGUGUGUACUUUCACUGCGCUUUAUCUCAAGUGAGAGGUCCCAAGGCAGCUCGUAUCUACAAAGAAUCCUUGCACCUUCAGGGCAUCCAAACAAACCAACAAGUCAAAGUGUUGAGAGGAGGAUUUGAAGGAUGGCACGCAAAAUAUCGUAAAGAGAAACAGUUACUUGAGAACUACGAUCCUUCCAUAUGGCAGUGGGCAAUUGAGGAUUCGGAUCCAGAGAAUGAACAGAGCGCUUUGGAAGACAAUCCUUAUCUUGCUGGUAUUCCUCCUCCAUCUCAAUAA